UCAGAGCCACCAGUUUCCAGCCACGCGACUUCAUCGACUGUUCCCGCACUUCCCAUCCGCUUCCCUCUUCUUCCUCGCCAUAUAUUCCAAACAAUAUCCUUGAUAAAUCCGAGGGAAGCUUCUCCCUUCCUCUGCUCCCCCUCCUACCCCCGCCGCCGGGAACGGAACUGCCCUAGAUUAGCGCUUAGCCCGAUUAGAUAUGUCUCUGCUUAGACGACGGCGACAGCCUCCUCCUCCUCCGCCGCAGCCGCCGCCGCAGCAUAUCGACGGCAAUAACGCCUCACCUGCGGCGGUUGUCGAGGAGAAGGGCGACAAGGAGAAGAAGGCGAAGGGAAAGGAGGUGAAAGCGCGGUGGUCUUGCUGGGAUAGCUGUUGCUGGUUGAUUGGGUGCAUCUGCACGGCGUGGUGGCUGCUUCUGUUUCUAUACAACGCGAUGCCGCCGUCGUUCCCGCAAUACGUUACCGAAGCAAUCACCGGACCGAUGUCGGAUCCGCCUGGGGUAAAGCUGCGGAAGGAAGGGCUCCGCGCUCGCCAUCCGGUUGUUUUUGUUCCAGGGAUCGUUACCGGCGGACUCGAAUUAUGGGAGGGGCACCAAUGCGCUGAGGGAUUGUUUCGCAAGCGGCUGUGGGGAGGAACAUUCGGCGAAAUUUAUAAGCGGCCUUUAUGUUGGGUUGAACAUAUGUCUUUAGACAAUGAAAGUGGAAUGGAUCCAGCAGGCAUUAGAGUUAGGCCUGUAACUGGAUUGGUGGCAGCAGACUAUUUCGCUCCUGGCUAUUUUGUUUGGGCAGUGCUAAUUGCAAAUUUAGCACGCAUUGGUUAUGAAGAGAAGACCAUGUAUAUGGCAGCUUAUGAUUGGAGACUAUCUUUUCAGAACACGGAGGUGAGAGAUCAAGCUCUAAGCAGAAUAAAAAGUAAUAUUGAACUAAUGGUAGCUACAAAUGGUGGGAACAAAGUUGUAGUUAUUCCACAUUCCAUGGGAGUCUUGUACUUCCUGCACUUUAUGAAGUGGGUUGAGGAACCAGCUCCAAUGGGUGGCGGAGGCGGUGGGGACUGGUGUGCAAAGCACAUAAAAGCUGUGAUGAAUAUUGGCGGGCCUUUCUUGGGUGUUCCGAAGGCUGUUACUGGACUAUUCUCAGCUGAAGCUAGGGAUGUUGCUGUAGCCAGAGCAAUUGCACCUGGUGUAUUAGAUUCUGAUUUUCUUGGGCUUCAGACCUUGCGAUAUGUUAUGCAUAUGACGAGAACAUGGGAUUCAACGAUGUCAAUGCUUCCCAAAGGUGGUGAUGCUAUUUGGGGUGGUCUAGACUGGUCUCCAGAAGAAGGUUAUGAUUGCAAUUCUAAGAAGUCGAAGAGCAAUGAUUCUAAUGUAUAUAAUGGUAGUGAUGCAGAAAACGAGAAAUCUGGACCAAACCACAUAAAUUACGGAAGACUUAUAUCUUUUGGAAAAGAUGUGUCUGAAAUGUUUUCUUCAAAGAUUGAGAGAAUAGAUUUCAGAGGUGCUAUCAAGGGCAGUAAUUUGGCACAAGCAAAUGCAUCUUGUCAUGAUGUUUGGACCGAGUACCAUGAAUUUGGAGUGGGAGGGGCCAAAGCAGUUGCUGAGUACAAAGCAUAUACAGCUGAUUCGAUAUUAGACCUCCUUCAUUUUGUUGCUCCAAAGAUGAUGCAACGUGGUAGUGCUCAUUUUUCUUAUGGGAUUGCUGAGAACUUGGAUGAUCCGAAAUACAGCCACUACAAAUAUUGGUCAAACCCUUUAGAGACAAAAUUACCCAAUGCCCCUGAUAUGGAGAUAUAUUCCAUGUACGGAGUAGGAAUUCCUACUGAAAGAGCAUAUGUCUACAAGUUAUCCUCUGCAUCUGAUUGCAACAUACCAUUCCAGAUUGAUUCUUCUGCUGACGGUGGCAGUGAUCAGAGCUGUUUGCAAGGUGGUGUUUUCUUAGUUAAUGGUGAUGAGACCGUGCCGGUUUUGAGUGCAGGCUACAUGUGUGCUAAAGGAUGGCGGGGGAAGACUCGAUUUAAUCCAUCGGGUAUCAAAACUUAUGUAAGAGAGUAUGACCAUGCCCCUCCGGCUAAUUUAUUAGAAGGCAGGGGAACUCAAAGUGGCGCUCAUGUUGAUAUCAUGGGAAACUUUGCCUUAAUCGAGGAUAUUAUCAGAAUUGCAGCUGGAGCCACGGGAGAGGUUUUGGGUGACGAUCAAGUCUACUCUGAUAUAUUUAAAUGGUCUGAGAGGAUCAAUCUACAACUAUGAGGCUUGCUGGCAAAACUUUUCAGCUUUCAUUGCCAAAUCCACAUGAAAGAUAACCAAGCCUCAUGAUCCAUUGUGCCAUCCUUCUGCAAUCUCCAUGAAUUAUAUAUUAAGCCACGGGGUACAGUCCACCAGAAUUGGAACAAUCGAUCAGUAGUAAGCAUGUUUUACGUAUAAAUGGUUCGCUUAUUGUUGUGCAACUGCAUUGCAUUAUUAUCAGAAGCCACAAAAGAGGGUGGGUAUUCAGUGCUUCUAGUUAAUCAAUUAUUUUGUAUAAUGCUUUUUAUUAUUUUUAUUUUUAUUUUUAUAUUCAUCUUGAGGAUCAGUGGCAGUGCUAGAAACACCUGCUUGUAAUGAAUGAAAUGUUAGUACUGAUAUAAGAUUUGUUA